AAAACUCCUUUGUAACCACUCACCUACACACAGAAAUACAGACUAGUGCUGCAAAAACAGACCCAAGGCUACAGGAUAGCAACAAACAUGGAUAUUCUGUUAACUGGAGUUUGACAAUUAUUUUACGUGAAUUACAUUGUUUUCGUUUUUUAGUUUUUUAUCUGGAUUACAUUUAUGGAUGUCCAACAAAGAGCUCUGCUGUGCUGGGAGAGUGAAGGCAGUAAGCUUACUAAACCAAGGUGGAAGUUUACUGUAGGAGCCAGAAGUGAACAAUGUUAAGAAAACCAAGGAAAAUAUCUUUAACACUCCCUCAUGUAGAAACGGCUUUCUUCACAAUGUCACCAUAGAUGUCAUUAGCACAACCUCAGGCUCUUUAAGAAGCUCUGAAAGAGUGACAGCGGACCGAAGAUGUCUGACCUCAGCCAAGUUGCAGUGUACUCAGACUCUUCAGAUAUCUACAAGAAUGUGUUCUGCAACCCUGCCUUUGAGCUGGAGGGGGAGCGAGAGGAGCGGGUGGAGGGAUUCAGGACAUCCUCGUCCACCCCUGAACCAAUCAAACCGCCGGCAGCUAGUUGGGGUCUGUUGGGGGUGUGUGCGAUGCGUCUGCGGGGCCCAGGGCUGUGGCUGGGGGGUGGCGGUCUCUGCUGCUGCCCUGCUCCUGGUAACAGCCCUCGGACUGGCGCUGGCUCUUCUCCUCACGCAGAUAAAAGGCCAGGCAGUGGAGAAUGAGUUGAUGUCCACCACUUCUCCAAAUCGGCUAAAUACAGGAUAUGAAGCGCCACAUAUUACUCUACCCACAAUCUCUGCCAACACAAGUCAACAGGAAAGUACAACAGCACCACAGCCUGCUAGGAUCCCACCCAUCCCACCUCCUGAAACACGUUGCGGAGGGGUGUUGUCCGACUCAGAGGGCAGUUUCAGUACCCCAAACCACCCUGGCUCCUACCCCCCCAACUUGCUGUGUGUGUGGGUGAUCCGAGUCCCACCCUCCUCCGUGGUGCAGAUCCACAUUUUCUCUCUGACUGUGGAGGGGCCUUCUCCUUGCCUCUUUGACUGGCUGGAGGUUCAGGAGCAGAGGGAUCAGAACUCUGUGGUAACCAGGUUCUGUGGUAACGUAGCGCCACCGACAGUCAACACAAACAGCAGCACAGUGUGGGUCACCUUCCACUCUGACGGCAGCAUCGCAGGCAGCGGCUUCACUGCGCAGUACAGAGCCAUCCAGCCUGGACACAAGAGCUGCUCCAGGGAAGAGUUCAUGUGUGACAGAGGGCGCUGUCUGCUGCCUGUGUCUAUUUGUGAUGGGCAUAUAAACUGCCAUGACCAAACAGAUGAGGCAAACUGCAGCCAUAAACACAAAGAAUGUGGAGGGCCAAAAACCGGGCCAUAUGGUUACUUGUCAAGUCCAAACCAUCCCAGGCCUUAUCCUCAUCAGCAGUUGUGCGUAUGGUAUAUAUCUGUUGAGGAGGGUCACGUCAUCACACUGAGCUUCAGGAACUUCAGUCUGGAGACUCAGGAUGUGUGUGAGUUUGACUACGUGGAGGUACACGACAGCAUCAAUACUGGAUCUGGAAGAGUACUGGGAAGGUUUUGUGGCACCACCUUCCCACCUGACCUGACCUCCUCCGGCCCCCACAUGACGGUGGUGUUUGAGGCUGAUGAUGGAGUGGCAGACAGCGGCUUCAACGCAACAUACCAGGCAUUGUCAAUACUGGACCGGACAUGUGGUCCCAGCCAGUUUUCCUGCAGUACAGGGGAGUGUCUCCAGCAGCAGUGGUUGUGUGAUGGAUGGAACGACUGCCCUGACGGAGCAGAUGAGCAGGGCUGUGGUAACUCCACCUACCCCACCUUCACUUCAUCGUGUGAGUCCAUAGAGGUAGAGAUGUGUCAAGGCCUCAGCUACAACCUCACCUCAUUCCCAAACAUCUGGCUGUCCAUUGCUGAUCAGAGGGAAGCUGCCAUACUCUUGGGACAGUACCGGGUGUUGAUGGAGCUGGCGUGCUUCGAGCCCCUGCGGAGGCUGGUGUGCGGGAUGUUCUUGCCGCAGUGUAGUCCUCAGGGUGGGGUCCUCCAGCCCUGCCGCUCAGUCUGCUCCUCUGCAGAGCAGCAGUGCAGCCAAGCCCUGGACCUCUUCUCCUUCAGCUGGCCCUUCAACUGCCACCUCCUGCCGGACUCACAGGACCCCGUGGAGUGCUCGCUGCCUUGAUGCAGCAAGAGUUACAGAUGUGUUGAUAGUUAAAGAUAAAGACAUUUCACACAGAAUUGCAGCUUUGUUCGAGGGCCAAAAGGCCAGAAUCUGACUCAGACCAGCUGUUGGAGCCAAAAUGCAUGUGUCUUUGUUUGUAUUUUAUCUGCACAAGUUUAAUUAAUGAUGCAGUUCCAACAUUGAACACAAGAUGGAGUAUUCACUUGUGAGUCUGUAUAAAUGUAAUCACAGUGGGUGAUCAGUGUGGGACGGUAGCAAACAGUUUUCGACCGUGUCGAUAUGAGCUGUGUUAACCUGUCUGUAUCAGAGCGUGACUGGCAGGCGUAAUGUUCAUCGAAUGGUAACAGAAAGGCAAUAUGGAUACAAUCAACAUGGUGAAUAUAUAUGGAAAACAAAAUAAAGGAUAUUCAAGGAUAUA